UCGUUGUUUACCGUCCUGCUUUCAGUUCCACACUUUGACCAGGGACUUCUACUCCACAGGUUUACAAGAUUUAAACUGCAAACGCUUGCGUGCAUGAAGCAAUUGUUUUAGUGAUAUUCUAUGACAAGGGUUUAGUUUGUUUUUAUAAGGGAGUAAAGACAGGUCCUGCACAACGCAACUAUUAAUAUUGUCAUUAUUGAUCUUGUUACUACUUGUUUGACCUUCAACUGCCAGGUAACCUAUUUCUAAAGGAAGAGUCUUCUACAGCAGUGAGCCAGGUACAACAGGUUUGAAAAACAUGGCAUCCAACUGGCAGGGAGAUUACUCGGCUCUUCAAUUUGCUAUUGUGGAAGACAAAACGGAUUAUGGAAAGUUCAAGAUAGAGAGGAAAGACCUUGGUGAUUUUACAAAACUGGCUUUUAGCGUCACUUUUGAUGAGGCACAAAGCGAGCUGCGAGUUCGGACAAGGAAGGAUAAUGACUUGUAUGGAUUUAAUUACGUCAUUAAAGGAUUAAUUAAAACUUCAAACCUUGAAGGGGGACUAAAGAAGGAGAAGAAGCAGGCAUUCCUGCGGAUAGAAAAGGAUUUGAAAGAUGGAAACUUUAAACUUUAGUGAAAAAUAAAACACAUCAUCAUCAAUGCCUUUAGAAUGGUUCAGUACAGCAUUUAUUGUAGUCAGGAUUUCAGAGAGGAUCAAAGACAGUUUUUACUUUAAGAGACAAUCCUGGAAUAUUCUAACACAGCAUUUAGUUUAUAGUUCACAUUUAUAAACUGUACAUUAUACAUAAUAACGAUGUGAUUUCUUGUUGCUAGACAUUAACACUGGGUUACCUCCCCUCGUUGGAUAACAUAUAUGAACAUAAUUAUAGACAUCAACAUAGGAUUACAUUGUCUCGUUUAAUAAUACCAUGCAGGUAUAAUAUUGGAUUAUCUCCUCUUGUUGGAUAAUGUUUUAAGUUGAUAAUGAGACUUUUAGGAAAAUCGUACUGUUUAUUGAAUUCAUUUCAGUGUCUUAAUUGGGUAACAACAGACUGAAUUGUUUGUUAUAGCCCAAUAGUAUGUGUUGCAAUGCUAGUCUUUACAUCAUGAUGACCAGAAGAAGAGAGCAGUUACAAAUUAUACUGCAAAAGUCACAAGGACUAAUUUUAUCAUAUACAUAAACACCGGGUCAUCUCCCCUCAUUAGAUACUACUAUAUAGGCAUUAACACUGGAUUAAAUUAAUUAAGGAUAUGUCUUGUAUAAAAAAAAAAUGAUAAUGAGACUUAAACAAAAAUCAGUUUAUUUGAGUCAUUUCUUUGGAAAGAAAGAGCAUGUACAAAUUAUGCUGCAAAACACACUAUUAGUGCUAAGAGUAUUAAGUAAACCUGAAUUAAAGUUGUAUUUACCUUGAAACAAAAUGAACCUUUAUUUUUUUAUCAAUAAACUUUUAUCUUCAUUCCUGUAUACUUGUAUGUGAUGUCUUGUCUACAAUGAGUUAUGGCCAUGAAACAGUGCUAGAAAUAUAGAUCGAUUUUUUUUUUUGAAAUAAUUACUUCUUUUGGAUAUAUUUGAUGUUCAGCAUGGUUGUUUUUCUGUGAAAUCUAGACCAAAACAUUAUAGGUAAAAUGAUGUACAUGUACUGAAAUGACUUUUAGUUUAGAAAGUUUACAGUGCAUUAUUAAAAGAUCAAAUGUUUUGGUUUUAGUGUGUUCUUAGAUGAUGAAAACAUUGCUUUACUCUAACUUAAUUUCCAAAAUGUUAUUUCACCAUUCUUCUUCCAUAUAUAGUUUAUCUUUUGAAUUAGAAAACUUUCUAGCUACGAUGGUUGAAAAAAACUCGGCAAAUUUAUAACAUUUGUGGAUUUAUGUGUUUUCUCGUACACGAAAAUUCCUUGUUUUUAAUACAGAUAAAUAGUUUUACGUCCGAUAGUAGUUUGUAAGACUGCUGACUAGCUACGAUAUUGCAUUAAAAUGAAACAAUGAAAUUGUUCCAGAAGCAGAACUAAAAUAAGUUUGUGGCAGAAUUUAAUACCUAUGCCUGUAUUGAUAUUGUAGUAGAGUUUUAAUGUGGUCAGCCAAGCAGAGAUGACAUAUAGAAACACUUGGUUUAUAUUGACGGAAUCCUUCGAUUUUCAAACAAAACUACACAUCAAUAACCGCUCAAAUUCAAUCUCAAUCAAAAUUAGAAAAUUUCAUGCACAUCAAUAACCGGUAAAUUCAAUCUCAAUCAAAAUUAGAAAAUCAACAUCAGCUUCUACUACUGUUAUCGAUCCUGGUCGUAGAUGAUAUAAUGUCUUUGUUGUGUACUGUUACUGCUGAAAUGUUCAUGGUUAUAUUUGUUUAAUGUUACUCUAUAUCAAACAUUACAUUCAUGUAAGUAUAUUAUUUUCUUCUUCUAAACUUUACUGUACUGUUGUAUAGACAGAAAUCACUUCCAUUUACAAUUUCUUUUAUUGGGAUGAAUGUCAUUCACAUAUUUUUUUUAAUUUACAUUAAUAUUUUGUACUUAAUUUAAGUAAGGGAUCAUUUAAUUCCUUGUGUUUUAAAGUUGUCAGGUUUUGUAUGGAUAUAAAAGACCUUAUUUGGUAUUGCAAUGUCUGCUAGCCAACAGAAAAUGUUGUUUGAAGUCUUUGUUGAAAAUCAUGUAGAUUUAUACUUUAUAUACUUAUAUCUGAAAUAUUGUUUUUUUCAUAAUUCACUUUAGGUUUGGCAACAACACUCUUUAUUCAAUGUAUUUUGUUUUAGUUUUUAUUUGGUGUGAUAUUUGUAGUGUAGUUUGUGGUUUGUGUAUUGCAUUUGUUAGAGGAUGUUAUGCAGAUAUAGUUAAUAAAAAUUUGAAUAA